CUAUCUCGGAAGGGCGAUGGCGAUGCGUCCACGUUGGUGCGGCAGCUGCCGGGCUGGGGCGCCACACUGCUCUUUGCGUUGUCGCCGCUACCGCAGCUGGUACGGAAUUUGUUGGAGCCUCAGAGCCUGGAGGGGCUCUCAGUCGGCACAAUGCUGCUGGCGCUGCUGGGCAAUGCACUCAUGGUUCCUAGGGCCCUGCUGGUGCGGGACGUGGUCUGGCUGAGCGGCACGACGUGGGCGUGCGCCGCAGGAUGGGGCCAGCUGUUCAGCAUGUUCCGCAGCGUGUCGGCGACCACCGGGUUGAGAUUUUUGGACCCGUGGGUCUUCUUCACGGUUACAGCCGCCCUGGUGGUGUAUGCGGGUACAACCUAUUUAGAAGAGACGCCUCCUUGGGAGGAGUACAUUGCCCAAGCAUGGAGAUCAGAGCGCUGUCGAGAGUUGGACCGGUUAGGAGGUCUCAACCGACCUGCUAUUGCUCGUGGUCAAAGCUUUACGGCAAAGCUCCAGUUUCUCGCGGAGAUGCUCCUCCCCCAGGCCGCGCCGAAGGAGGAAGCCAAAUACACGGGCUUCACUCUCGCCACGGAAAAACGCGCCUACGAACGCAUGCUACAGGAGCAGGAGCGCGAACGCGCAGCACACCUGGCAAAGCUGGCGGCGGCAGCAGCGGCAGCAGCGGCGGCGGCGGCGGAGGGGGCUGACGCGGCGGAAAGCGACGCCGCUGCUGAUAUCGCUGCCGCCGUCGCUGCCGCCGCCGCCGCUGCGGCGGCGCCGGGGCCAGGCGCGGUAGUGGCUGCGGGGCAGGCGAAGCCUAGCGAGCGGGGGUCCACGCCCCUGCCCUCCCCCAAGCCGCUCCCCUCCUCAGAGGGGCGGUCCAGAGCCCGGAGGCCCCAGGUCGGCGGCGGCACCUUGACCGCCGCUGCCCACACCUUAUCCGCCCAAGGUUACCCCAUCGCCCCGUGGCGACUGAGGCUGUGGCUGGCCAGGAAGCGCGUCAUGAUCAUAGUGCUCACAGUGCUGCGGUUGCGGCGCGGCAAAAUGCGGCGACGAUACGGCAAUAAGCUGGACAACCUGGGGUUCAUGAUCCACCGCGUCCUGGCGGAUGACGUGGGCCGGUUCGUGGAGGAGCAGCGCAAGUACUCCAGCACGAAGGAGGAGCUGGAGGGGGCCAAGCAAGCCCUCCACGAGAUGCUGUGUCGUAACAGCACCGGUCCGCUCCAGGGCGGGGCCGGAGGGCCCCUCGCGGAGGACUCCUCCUGGCCGCCAGGGGCCCCCACCACCACCGGGUCUAUCUCGCGGCAAGGCAGCAUGGCCCGGGUGCCCUCCCUCUCAGCCACCGUCGCAAACACGCUCGCGCCAUCGCCGGGCGGGGGGGGCGGCGCCGCCGCCGCCGUCGUCGGGCCUCGUGCCUCCACCACCCUCUCCACUGGCCGCGCCAACUCCCGCACCCGCGCCUCAGACAGCGGCGCCAUCACGGCCGCGCUCCAUAGCGCCGGCGUCUCUCCGUUGCGCACACAGCACAAUCAACACCUCCACCAUCACAGCCACCUCAGCGGCGGCGUGGGGGCCCCGGCGACAGGGCCAUUGCUGUCGCCCAGCGGCUCUCUCACCCACCAGCAGCAGCCGCAGACGCUAGGCGUGGCGGGUAACGGCCCACCGCGGCUUAGUGCGACGGGGAUAAUGCAGCGUCUAUUUGGAGGCGGCGGCGGAGGUGGAGGCGGCGGAGGCGGCGGCGGCGGCGGCUGGGACGACAGCGGGUCUGUGUUGGCGCAGUGUCCUGUGAGCCCCCUGCUGGGUGCAACUAGCAGCAGCAGCCCGCGGUCCAGUUUUAAUAGCGGGCUGGGAGGUUUUUUGGCGGCAGGAGGUGGCGGAGGCGGAAAAAUGCGGCGGACCAGCACUCCAGGGGGACUUGGGUCGCCUUGCAGCAAGGACAGCCCGCUGACCAGCAGAGAGCCCUCUAUCACCUAUCAGUGCCAGCAGCCAGGUACUCCCCCACACACACUGCCGUCCAGCCCCAGCGGCCGCCGCUCCGUAGCCGUGAUACCCCCCACACCCACCUCCGUCACCGCUCAGCUAGCGGGGACAACUGCGGCCGCCGCCGCCGCCGCCGCCUCUAUGUCGGGCGGCCUCAGCUCUAUGGCGGCGCGGCGCUUCAACAGCCGCAGCAGCCCCACCGCCAACGGACCCACGGGUCAUUCCCCUGGCCUGGUGACCACCGGCGCCGCCGGGCCUCUGCAGGCGCGGGUUUCCGUCACCAGCGCCGUCGCCGCGAAGCACGGGCAGAUCAUGCAGGCCCAGACGCAGAUUGAGGCUGAAUCUAGUAAUCUGAAAAAGUCCUCGCAGAUGCUGUCCAUGUACGUCAAUCGCGCGAAUGCGGCUUGGGCAGAGGCGCAGUCGUGGAGCACGGUGGACGCGUCGGCGCCGGGGGAGCUGGAGGCGUUUUGUUACAGCGAGCAGUACAGGAUUUAUCACGCGGAUCUUAUACGGCGCUUACGGCAGGGCUCGAUCUGUAUGCAGAUCUUCGCGGGAGAUGAUUUUUUGACGGGUACGGAGAAGCGGCCCGGGUCGUCUUUCGGAUUGGGUGUCGGGUUGUCUGGCGGCAGUGGCGGCGCACACCAGACAGUGACGGUGCCGUCGCCCCCGACAACGCCGCACGACAGCGGCGGCGGCGGCGCCGCCGCCGCCGCCGCAAAUGGAAAGCACGGCAACGGUCACGUGAAUGCGAACGGCAGGUCGCGGCAGCUGUCGCAUUUUGACAGCGGUGGCAGUGCAUCGGGUGCCGGCGGCGGCAGUGGGUCAUCGUCGGGCAGUGGCGCGGCGACGGCGGGGGCCCCGCUGACGUCCCUGUUGACGCUGCGGCGGCGUCAGCAACACGACCUGUGGACCUCCGACCCGUGGGAUCUCAUUGACCGCUUACGGCCGGGCAUCAUGCCGCAGACCGACCGAAUACAGGGCCCCUCCCUGGGUGCCCGCAUUCUGUGUCAGCUGGUGUUGGCAGUGGAGCAGCUCGCGGGGGCUGAGGCCAAGUCGGUGAUGCCCGUGCUGCUGCACAUCAACGAGGAGCAGAUGGAGGAGGUGGUGCAGGAGCUCUGGUCGUACAGGUUCUUCGGCCUGAAGCGCGACAACGUCAUCUUGGUGGCGUCGCCCUUGCACAGCGGCUACCGCUUCAACCACGAGCUCAAGGUGUUUGAGAAGGACUACGGCAGCCCCGUGGCCCCCCUGGGCUCGGGCUACAGCCUGCUGCAGAUGACUUGGGCGGGAGAGGCGUUCAUAGUGGGGUCGGAGGGGGCGCCCGAGAUGCUGGACACGCCCGCGCUGACCAUGCUGCUGGAGCGCAAGGUGGAGUGGCUGGUAGCUCGUCGCGCCCGGGACCUGGCCCUGCUUUCACGUGACGCCAUCCUGGACGUGCCCAUGCUGGCCUACUGCAUGGCCCUCAAGGAGCGCUCCGGAAUCGGGGCAGCGGGCGGCAUGUCGGCGCCCAUCGCCGCCGCCGGGGGGUCCGCGGGCCGCGCCAACAUCCUCAUGGAGGUCACGUACGCGGAGAGCCUGGUGGACGCACGCGCGCUGGACUCCUUUGUCAUGACGCGCGUCGGCCCGAGCGGCAGCGGCGCCGCCGCCGCCGCCGCCGACGGCAGCGGCGUCGGCAGCGUCGGCAGUAGCAGCCAGCUGUCGCUGCAGCUGUCGACCCGUGUGUCAGCCGGCGCGCAGACAGCGCCAUCGCCGUCUGCUGGCAGCGGCACCGCACCUAGUCCGAACGGGGAGCAGCGCAAUAAUGCCCAGGCGUACGGGUACCUGUAUUACGGGUACGGCAUGAAUGUACAGCACCAUACGGUGCCGGAUGUGGCGUCGGCGGUGAUAGAGCUACGGCUCGGGGAGCUUGGCACCCCCAAGAUGAUCGAGUCCCUCAACCACCUGCGGGGAUUCCGGGACGGCCAGGUCCCCGUGGGCCUAGGUCGCUACAUGCUCCACGUGCCAUCCCUCCCGGUGCUGCUCCCUAACGCCUCCGCGCUGCGGCCCAAGCUGGCCCUGGCGGAGGAGCUGGUGCGGGCCCGUACCCUGGCCGUACAUGCGCGGGUCAGCCCGGGAGUGCUGCUCACCGCGGACGACCUGGAGAAGGUCAUUCCGCUGCUGCAGGCCCAGGACCACGACCUGGCCUUCCGCGACAUGCUGGUGGCCAAUCGCUCCGAGUCGCAGAACCUCAACUUCGUGGCCUCUCAGGCUUUGUCAAGCAAGUCGGGCGGGCAGGUGAUUGUGGUGUUCGUGGUGAACAACCGGGUGUCGGCUGCGGCUGUAGACGCCGCCGGUCUGGUCGCCCGCCCCGGUCGCGACCGGCUGCACCUCGUGACGUGUGUGAGCAACAGCCUCCAGCGCGCGGAUGCGGAAGAGCUGUUGCGGGUCUUUCAGAAGCGGCUGCUCAAGAGCAUGGUGGACACGUGCGUGGAGGUGCUGGUUCGCGGCAUGUGGGGUUUGUUAGACAUCAUGGAUAACUACGUGACGGCAGUGGAGGCGCAGAUGGUGGUGAUGGGGUCCGAGCACCUCACAUCAAAUGACUUCAACUACGUCAUCGGCUCCAUCACCCUCUCAGCAAUCAAGCGCCUGCACGUGCCCGUCAUGGUGGUGACGGCAAACUCCAGAUGCAACAUCGCCAUCGGAGGCGCCUCCGGGGCCGCCGCCGGUGGUCCUGGGCGUGCGGGCAAUCCUGGCGGCGCGCUGCGGUGUCUGUCGCUGGUUGAGAACCACGCUCGCAACAUGUUGGCGUUUUUGUGCACCAGGUUGCUCGACAUGAAGAGGGGCGACAGGCUGCUGCUGGCGCAGAUCCUGCCCACCCGCCACCUCACUCGCCAACAGGCCGCCUCCAUGCGCCGCUCCCUGGACAACUUCAACCUCCUGGCCUCCGGUCACGGCUUCUCGGUCAACCGGGUGCUAUCCCUGGAGGGACCUCUGGAUGAGGUGCUGGCGGAGGCGGUGGGGGUGCAGCAGAUCCAGGUGCUGGCGCUGGCGCUGCCGCAGGGCCUGAAGACCCUGCCACCCGCCCUGGUCAACUUAAUUCGCUCCAGCCGCGGGGUGACGCUGGUGUACAAGGAGCCUCUGGGGGCCGCACAGCAUCAGCAGCAGCAUCAGCAGCAGCAGGUGGUAUCCAGGGGGCCGUUCGCCUCCGCGAAAGUGGGUGCGGGUGCUCGGGGUGUCGAGUGCUCGUACGGUGAUGGGCGGCCGCCGUGGAGGCGACUGGAGGAAGGAGCUGCGGGGCAGUGGUUGGGGUGUCGGGCCGCCGCCAGGGCGGAGCGGCACGAAGCGGAGUGCGGAGCGGCAGUUGCAGCGGCUGCAGCUGCGGGCAGGGCAGGGCAACUGAAAGCGGAAAAGGCGUUUCGUCGUCGCCAGCGGAGCUGUCCGGAGUUCGGGUCUCGGGCUCUGCGGAUUGGGGCGAUUGUGACGCGCGGAUCGAAGGUGGUGCAGAGGUGA